AAUGAGCCGAAGACGUUUGAAAACUCUCCUCUUGCACUCAAUCUCCACCAUGUCAUCGUCCCCUCUUAAAUCCAACCCCCUUUUCACCACAAGUCAAUCACAAGCCUUCCCUUCUCCAUCCAAAUUCUUUCACCAAAAUCUCGAACUUUGCCUGUCCAGAUUCCUUUGCACUUCUUCGCCGGACAAUCUCGAUGGUCUGGUCGAUCCUCACGACUUUUCAAUGCCUGGGAGUUCUGGAAUUGAGUCUAUUUCGGCAGAGGAAUUCGCCUCUUUGCGUGAUUCGGUGUUAGAUAUCAGUGCCGGUGAUGGGUCUUCAACGCCUAAAUUUGAAUCAGAUAAGUUUUCUAAUAAUGCCAUUUUGAUUUCGAAUAAGAUUAGGAAUUAUAAUGAUGCGUUUGGUGACCAAACCCAGAAGUUUCUUAGGCAGUUUAGGGAUAUUCUGAAUGAAACUCUGGUGAUGGAAGUACUGAAGCUUAUUCGAAAUCCUGAAUUAGGUGUGAAGUUUUUCAUAUGGGCAGGUAGACAAAUUGGGUAUAGUCACACUGGUCCUGUGUAUGAUGCAUUGUUAGAGUUAUUGGAGUGUGGUAGUAAUGAUAGAGUUCCAGAACAUUUUCUCCGAGAAAUUAAGGGUGAUGAUAGAGAGGUGCUUGGCAAGUUGCUUAACGUGUUGAUAUGGAAGUGUUGCCGAAAUGGUUUGUGGAAUGUAGCUUUGGAAGAGCUCGGGAGGCUUAAGGAUUUCGGAUACAAGCCAACUCGAGCAACUUACAAUGUUUUGGUUCAAGUGUUUCUAAAAGCUGAUAGGUUGGAUACAGCACACUUGGUUCAUGUGGAGAUGUCGGAUUUGGGGUUUAAGAUGGAUGAUUAUACACUUGGUUGCUUUGUUCACGCCCUUUGCAAAGCUGGGAGGUGGAAGGUAGCGCUCACAUUGAUUGAGAAGGAAGAGUUUGUGCCCAAUACUUCUCUUUAUACAAAGAUGAUAUCUGGGUUGUGUGAAGCUUCACUUUUUGAGGAAGCCAUGGAUUUCUUGAACAGAAUGCGGUGUGAUUCUUGCAUUCCUAACGUCGUAACCUAUAGGAUUUUGCUUUGUGGUUGUUUAAAAAAAAGACAGCUUGGUAGGUGCAAGAGGAUUCUUAGUAUGAUGAUCACAGAAGGUUGUUAUCCAAGCCGUAAGAUAUUUAAUUCUCUUGUAAAUGCGUAUUGCAGGUUAGGAGAUUACUUUUAUGCUUACAAGUUGCUUAAGAAAAUGGUAAAAUGCGGGUGCCACCCAGGCUAUGUGGUUUACAAUAUCUUGAUUGGUGGUAUAUGUGGAAACGAGGAAUUACCUAGCUCAGAUAUGUUAGAUUUGGCUGAAAAAGCUUAUGGUGAGAUGCUUGAUGCAGGGGUUGUGUUAAAUAAGGUCAAUGUGAGCAAUUUUGCACGAUGUCUUUGUGGCGCCCGAAAAUAUGAGAAAGCCUUUAAUGUUAUCCAUGAAAUGAUGAGCAAGGGUUUUGUGCCUGACACUAGUACAUACUCUAAAGUUAUUGGCUUUUUGUGUGAUUCAUCCAAGGUAGAACAAGCAUUUUUGUUGUUUGAAGAAAUGAAAAGGAAUAGUAUUAUUCCUGAUGUCUAUACCUAUACUACUUUAAUUGAUAGUUUUUCUAAAGCUGGCCUUAUUGAACAGGCUCGUAGCUGGUUUAAUGAAAUGGUAGGAAAUGGCUGUGCUCCUAACGUGGUGACUUAUACUGCUCUUAUACAUGCAUACCUUAAAGCAAAGAAGGUGUCUGAUGCAAAUCAACUUUUUGAGAUGAUGUUGACUGAAGGUUGCAUUCCCAAUGUUGUUACUUAUACUGCUUUAAUUGACGGUCAUUGUAAAGCUGGUAGAAUUGAAAAGGCCUGCCUGAUUUAUGAAAGGAUGAGAGGUAAUGUGGAAAUCCCUGAUGUUGAUAUGUAUUUUAGAAUUGACAAUCAGAGUAUGAAAGAACCUAAUGUUUAUACUUAUGGAGCUUUGGUGGAUGGUUUAUGCAAAGCACACAAGGUCAAAGAGGCCCGUGACUUAUUGGAUGCUAUGUCGGUAGAAGGUUGUGAACCUACCCAUAUUGUGUAUGAUGCCCUUAUAGAUGGAUUUUGUAAAUAUGGGAAGCUAGAUGAAGCGCAAGAGGUGUUUACUAAGAUGUCAGAGAAAGGGUACAGUCCAAAUGUGUACACUUACAGCUCUUUGAUUGAUAGGUUGUUUAAGGAUAAAAGACUAGAUCUCGCUUUAAAAGUCUUGUCUAAAAUGCUAGAAAACUCUUGUGCACCAAAUGUUGUUAUCUACACAGAGAUGAUUGAUGGUCUUUGUAAAGUUGGGAAGACAGAUGAAGCCUAUAAGCUUAUGCUGAUGAUGGAAGAAAAGGGGUGUUAUCCAAAUGUUGUUACUUAUACUGCAAUGAUAGAUGGCUUUGGGAAAGCAGGUAAAAUCGAAAAAUGUCUUGAGCUCUUUAAAGAAAUGAGCUCUAAAGGUUGUGCUCCAAAUUUUGUCACGUACAGGGUUUUGAUAAACCAUUGCUGUUCAACUGGCCUUUUGGAUGAAGCUCAUAAGCUUUUGGAUGAAAUGAAACAAACAUAUUGGCCAAAGCAUAUGGUAGGCUACCAUAAAGUUAUUGAAGGUUACAACCGAGAGUUCAUGAACUCUCUUGGGAUUUUAGAUGAGAUGAGUGAGUGUGGUUCAGUGUCAAUUAUUCACAUAUACAGAGUUUUGAUUGAUAAUUUUGUAAAGGCUGGAAGAUUGGAAUUUGCUCUUGAGCUGCAUGACGAGAUUUCAUCAUCUUCACCUUUUACAUCUGCGAACAAGAAUAUGUAUACUUCAUUGAUUGAAAGUCUUUUACAUGCAAAUAAGGUUGGUAAGGCACUGGAGCUGUUUGCAGACAUGGUAAGGCAAGGUGGUAUUCCAGAGCUUAUGACAUUGUUUGACCUUAUUAAAGGGCUCAUUAAAAUUAAUAAGUGGGAUGAAGCUCUUCAACUAUCGGAUAGCAUAUGCCAGAUGGACAUCCAUUGGCUUCUGGACAAAGAGACAUCUGACAGAAAGUAGUGUGUUUUCGGAACUUUUGUUGUUUGCCACUGAUGACUCAUUGGACCUUGGUCUAAGGUUCUCUUGAGGAGUGGAAAAGUAUUUGUGUGGGAGUCUUUGUGCAAGCAUAUGCACCGUGAGGAUAUGAAUGACAGUUGCCUGCUUAAUGGAGUGAUCCUACAGUUUUUCUUACCUUGCAAAGUGGCUAUAAAUUGCAAGAAAGCUAGAAGAAAUUUCUGCUUGCUAUUCGAAGGAGCAUAGGUUUUAUAUUCUGCGGCAAGGCUUACAGAUGAUGCUGCUUGAGUGUAAGCAGGACCAAUACCACCUUCCAUUAUGAAUCAUCACAAGCUCUAUCACAUACCGCUGAUGUUGCUUGUUGAGUGCAAAGCUGGCAGGCGUUGUGGAAUUCAUUUCGUGGGAAUUGUCUUCGUUUUUCACGUGAUGAUGUCAAGUGUAUCUAACCAAGAUGAUGAAACUACUCAACAACCUCUAGAGUCAUGUUCGAAUCAUGGUGAAGUGGAUUUCAUUUUUCAAGUAGGAGCGGUAGGACAUGAGUUCGAUUCACUAAGUGGCAUUCUUGUGUUCAAUAAAUAUGCGAGGGAUGUCUGCUGCCUUGUUCGAAUUUAUUCACAAAAGGAGGAAGAAAAAGGAUACAGAUGAAACUAUAAACGGAAAUAAGUUGUGUUUCAAGCAAGCUAGCUCAAGGUGACUGCAAAUGCCAUGUGAUGGUAAAAUGAGUGCUGGCAUUUGCUAAUGCCUAAAGUAAUUUGUAGCUGAGAGCCUGAGGCCACCAUUCUUUGAAACCAAAGUGUGAUUGUUUUAUGUUUGAUUUUGAUUUUAUCUUCGACAUAGCUUCGGCUUAAAUAUUCACGGAGGCUGUAACAUCCCAUUUGCAGUUGGGAAAAAUUGUUGAGGAUAAAAUUGAGCAAAACAAAGUGAUUUUAGUUUGUCAAACGCUGAGAAUGAAUCAUCCUACCAUUUGAUGUUAAAGCUUCGAUUAUAUCCUGAACAAUCUGCUUGUGAGAAUUUGUGAUCUUCUGGCUGAAAAAACCUUGUAUAUCAAAAGAAAUAACUCCAGCUUUGCCACGGUUGCGGUCCA